AUGCUGAAUCGAGUUCAAGCGACAGCAAAAGCCAAGAGAUCUCUUGCCACCAUCUUUGAUUCCGAUCCUUCAUCGAGUCCUCGUUACCAGUACCGAUCUUUAUAUCACUCACAGUUACCACCGACAACCCACCAUCACCAUCUUCCUCCGAAGCUCCACCUCACCAAUCGCUCUCCAUUGGACUAUCGAUCCAUCCUAAGAAGCUUCAUUUCUCGAAGAGCGAUCCAGCCAGGUAGACAGCUUCAUGCACAUCUUUGCCUUAUUGGCUUAGGAUACGACACCAUUUUAGCUACUAAACUUGUUGAUUUAUACUGUUCGUGCAACUAUUUGUCCAAUGCCCACCAACUGUUUGAUAGAAUUUCUAAACGAAAUGUCUUUCUUUGGAACGUUUUGAUUCGUGGGUAUGCUUGGAAUGGUCCUUAUAAUGCUGCAGUUUCGCUAUACUAUGAAAUGAUUGAAAAUGGGGUUGUCCCUGAUAAUUUUACAUUCCCGUUUGUUCUUAAAGCGUGCUCGAAUCUUAGCGCCAUUGGUGUGGGGCGGGAUGUUCAUGAUCAUGUGGUGAGAACCGGUUGGGAGACGGAUGUUUUUGUGGGUGCGGCUUUGAUUGAUAUGUAUGCAAAGUGUGGUAAUGUUGGUAGUGCACGCCAGGUGUUUGAUAAAAUACUUGAAAGAGAUGUUGUUAUGUGGAAUUCUAUGCUUGCUGCUUAUGCUCAGAAUGGGCAUCCUGAUGACUGCUUGAUUCUGUGCGGUGAAAUGGCGGUAAACGGAGUGAGACCGACCGUCGCGACUCUUGUCACCUCCAUCUCGGCCGCCGCUGACACGGCGGCCCUCCCACAAGGGCGAGAGCUUCAUGGAUAUAGCUGGAGACAAGGGUUCGAGUUUCAGGAUAAAGUGAAAACCGCACUCGUUGAUAUGUAUGCAAAGAGCGGUUCUGUAACGGUAGCUAGAAAUCUUUUUGAAUGGUUAUCAGAAAAAAGGGUCGUUUCCUGGAACGCUAUGAUCACUGGAUACGCAAUGCACGGGCACGCUAUGGAAGCGCUCGAUUUGUUCAAAAAGAUGGCUCGUGAAGCCCAGCCCGAUCAUAUAACCUUUGUGGGUGUUCUUUCGGCUUGUAAUCAUGGCGGUUUACUUACCGAAGGGCGGGAAUUCUUCGAAUCGAUGAUACAUGAAUACCGAAUAACACCAACCGUUCAACACUAUUCGUCUAUGGUUGAUCUAAUCGGCCAUUACGGCCGUUUAGAUGAAGCUUAUAAUCUGAUCAAGAAUAUGAACAUUAAACCCGAUUCCGGAAUCUGGGGAGCGCUGCUAAACUCGUGCAAGAUUCACAAAAACGUCGAGCUGGGUGAACUCGCAUUAGAGAAGCUAAUUGAGCUCGAACCAGACGAAGCCGGGAACUACGUGAUUAUGUCAAACAUUUACGCGCAAUCCGGGAGGUGGGAGGGAGUUGCAAAGCUGCGAGAUUUAAUGACGAAUAAGAAACUAAAGAAAGACGUUGCGUGUAGCUGGAUCGAAGUGAACAACAAAGUGCACGCAUUUCUUUCGGGCGAUAAUUCCCAUCCAAUGUGCAAUGAAAUAAACGCGGAACUAGAAAGGGUCGAGAAACUGAUGAUCGAAGUGGGAUAUGUGCCAAAUACCGCACCCGUGUUUCAUGAUGUGGAUGAUGACGAAAAGACGAGAAUGGUGUGUCGACAUAGCGAGCGGCUUGCGAUUGCGUUUGGGCUGAUUAGUACCCCAAAUCGGAGUAAACUUUUGAUCACGAAAAACCUUCGGGUUUGUGAGGAUUGCCAUGAUGCGAUCAAGUUCAUAUCGAAGAUUACCGAAAGGGAGAUAGUGUUUAGAGAUGUGAAUCGAUAUCAUCAUUUUAAAGAUGGGUUGUGUUCUUGUGGGGAUUAUUGGUGAGUAGUGAGCAUAGGGAGUUGGGGGCACAGAUUUUACUGGUCGUACAUGGAACCCGCCUUCAAGGAUACCAAUAUGAGGGGACAUUUUUUGGCUCACUCAGCGGUUGAGGUUGGCGCGUGCUGCCCCGGGGGCUAGGAUUUGAACCCAGAAUCUGUCUUGUAUUUAGAUAGUGUGACGAUUGUCGGGACGAGGAGGAGGGGAAGAUGA